UAUUGCGCUGACAUCCUCUAAAUAUUUCGUCUUUUUUCUUUGUAGAAUGAACAGAAAAGUCCAAACAAAGGUGAAUAAUAUCACCACCAUUAAUUUUAACGGGGCGGUGCAGACCGUGCACCUCGCCCCUGUUGCGCCUGUGGCACCGCCGGCCGAGACCGCCACCGCCGCGCGCCAUCCGCCGACGACGCGAAAGGCGCCCAAACGUCGAUGUUAUAGGUGCAACCGUACCGGCCACGCCAUCCGGCAAUGCCUCGCCCCCAGAACAACAAGGAGGAAGCCGUGGACACCAGCCGUAGGACGUGGGGGUUCGUCGUCGACGUCCAUGACGGUGAGGCCGCCGCGGAGUCUGCGUGCAAAGUCGAGGACACGCACACCGACUCCCGAACUCCAGCCACUCGGAACGUCGACGCCGAUGAGAUCACCCCCCGUAAGUAACAUUUUUAAUCCUAAUAGUGCUAAAUAAAUACAAAAUUGUAGGAUAUGAAUGAAAGUACACCAGGCCACAUGUGGUAUUGGAGAGACCACAUUAAGUUGUGAAUUGGAGAAUACCAUUUAAGAGAAUACCAGAAUUUAAUGCCAUGUUUAAUUUGUUUAUACAAACUGUAGACGCCCUAUGAA